GGACAUAAAAUAACAAACUUCUCCCUUCCCUUCCACCUUCUCGCCCACCUCACCCUCCCCCUAUCAAUCAAAAAAAUAUUGGUGAAAAAAAAAUCUCACCAAUUUUGUUAGCGACCAGAUAAGAUUAAGUUUUUUUUUUCUCUGACUUUCUUUUCAUUUCUUUAGCAUUUUAAUUCCCUUCGCAAUUCCCACACCCAAACAUAGAGUAAGGAUUCUUUUGAUGCGACUUAUGUUCAAUUUAAGGAUCUUUGUGGGCCAAUCGCUCGUUCGAUGGUGGCCCAUCCUUUCAACCCAUUGGUGUGUUGAGUAUACCACAUUUAAUGUCUGCAUUUGAGUCUAAAACUAGUACAAAUAUAUAAUUAGUGUGAGAUAACCCUUUUAUCUUGAGCAUCCUUUUGUGGUGUCUUUGGCCCAAUAUAACAGUUCCAAGUGAAAUGAUUUGCAGACCGACAAGAACAUGUAUCAAACAUGGAGACAAAAACCAUCACCACGCAAGCAAGAGAAGUGGAACAGUGAUACUAGGGAAGCAACCAGUGGCGGUGAUUUGAUGCUCAGAGAACUGAGACAUCCCAAUGGGGACCCUAAAGUAUUAGCAGCUCAGUCAAUGAAAGAAUACAUAAAGUUGAAAAACAAACUGCAGCUGCUCACCUUAGGCAUUGGUGGUUUCGGUGUCAUCUCAACAUAUGUUUCAUAUUCUCCCGAAGUUGCAGCAAGUUAUGGCGUCGGCUUGCUUGGGUCAUUGGCAUAUUUGCGCAUGCUUGGGAACAGUGUGGAUUCCAUACAAACUCAAGGAGCCUCGGGGCUCGUAAAAGGAGGUGUAGGGCAGCCAAGACUAUUGAUUCCUGUUGUUUUGGUUAUGAUCUAUAACCGGUGGAAUGGGAUUGUGGUCCCCGAAUACGGACUGAUUCACCUUGAGUUGAUCCCAAUGUUGGUUGGAUUUUUCACCUACAAGAUUUCCGCUUUCAUCCAAGCCAUUGAAGAUGUAUUGUAGGCGUGGGAUGAGGUGCGAGAAUUGCAGCCGUCACACUUAGUCCUUGUUUGGUUUGGAAGGUUGUGGGGAGGAGGGAAAGGAAAGAGCCAAGUAGUUCUCAUUGAGUCAUUGUAAAUUUUUAUCUUGUUUUCCUUUUGGGUUGCUUGGUUUGAUGAGCCUCACAAUGAAAGAUCCAAACAUGGUACUACCUCACAACAUAUAUGGAGCAUAUAGAAUUGAUAGAUAAAGUAUCGAUUGUAAUAACUACAGAGUACUUUCUACUUUCGUCUCGCAAAAACGUUCCUGAUAAAUAUUAUUACUGUUAUGGGUUAAUAUUAUUUCACAUAAAUAUCAAUAAUAAACUUUCAUUUAA